GAUCUCCCACUGGUCGCUUUUUUCAACUCCUCCAAUCAGCUGACUCCAAGCAUGCUUUGUUUUCCAUAUUUUCAAGACUAGUCACUGCCACGCAUCGUUCGCGAUGCAUCACUUUCGGUGCUUAAUUUCAAUCGGUGUUUAUUUAUUUUUAUUCGGUGUGCAAAAAGAGGUUUCCGCCUCCAAGGGAGAUUACAUAGGAUGUUUCCAGGAUCAGGAGGAGAACAGACUUUUGAGCGAGACCAAAGAAAGAUCGGCCGAACUCACAUCUUCCUGGUGCAUUGAAUUUUGCUCGGAAAAAGGAUAUCCGUUUGCAGGCACUCAGUACAGCUCGGAGUGUUAUUGCGGAUACAACAGACUUCCACUCAUCGCGAAGAGACCGGACUCGGAAUGUUCCAGACCUUGCAGUGGCGACUCAAAAACGAGAUGUGGAGGCGAGCUCAGGUUAAGCGUUUAUGAAACCGGCAUCUCAGCCCUUGGAGCGUUUCCCAAUGGUUUCCAUCUUGGCUGUUUUAAGGAAAAUGCAGAGAAGGACAAUCGCAAGUUACUCCCCGAUUUGCAUCAACAAUUUGACAAUCUAACACCAAAAAUUUGCUCGGAAUUUUGUUUUAAGAAUGGAUUCAAACUGUCUGGUGUUCAAAAUGGAGAUGACUGCUUUUGUACGAACAAAAAGUUAGAUAAUUCUGACCACAAGAAAAUUUUAUUCCGCACUGGUUGUGAUGUACCGUGUUCUGGAGAUGCCUCAAAAAAAUGUGGCGGUGCACAGGAGCUGAACGUAUACGCGACUGGAUUAACAGAUAUCCCAGCGACCGGCCGAACUUACGCCUGUUAUGAGGACGGUCCGGAUUCUAAAGGUCAGCUCGUUCGAGCUCUGCCGAACUUUCGAGCUGAACUUCGGAAAAUUCUCACACCGCGAAUAUGCUUGAAUAUGUGUUACCAGAUGGGCUUCAAUUGGGCUGGAGUUGAGGCUGGGUAUGAGUGUUUUUGUGGAGUCUGGCUGCCAUCGAUAGAGAAAACUGCGAAAGACACCGAGUGCAGCGUGCCGUGCGAGGGAGGUCCAGGGGAGACCUGCGGAGGACUUUGGCGAAUCCAAGUUUACCGGACCCCUCUUCCAGAGCCGCAACGAGAAAGUGACACUAAGGAAUAUUUAGGUUGCUACCAAGACCAAAAAGGCCACAGAUUACUUGGCGAGGUCAGGGAAUGGUCUGCUGAGUUGACACCAAGCUCUUGUAUAGACCUUUGCUCCAAAGGCGGUUAUGCGUUCGCAGGACUGUAUCACAGUUCGGACUGUUUUUGCGGCCACAAUAGACCCCCGUUACUUGCAAAACGACCUGAUGCAGAAUGUUCAGCUCCGUGCAGUGGCGACUCAAAACAGAAAUGCGGCGGAACGCAAAACGGGCUCAGUGUAUACAAGACUGGCUUAUCAGGAAUUGGAGCUUUACCAAGCGAGUUUUAUCUCGGCUGUUUCUCAGAAAACACGGCAAAAACAGCUCAAAGACUUCUACCGGAGAUGAAACAAGAAUUUAACGAUUUGACUCCAAAAAUGUGUGCGGAAUUUUGUUUUAGGAAAGGAUUUAAACUUGCCGGUCUUCAAGGGGCAAAUUGUUUCUGCUCAAGCAAAAAACUUGACUUGACGAAGAAGGUGGAUAGCAAAGAGUGUACAACGAAUUGCGAGGGUGACAGCUCGAAGAAAUGUGGUGGCUCACCUCUUCCUGUCCUCAGUUAUUUAAGCGUUUAUGCAACCGGACUAACAGAGGCGCCGGCUACUGGGAAACAAAUAGCGUGCUACAAAGACGGCCCGAACGAUGAAAAUGAUCGAAGACUGCGGGCGUUGCCAGACUUCAGGACUGCAUUGCGAGGUGUGAGCUCUCCCGGCAUCUGUAUGAAUAUCUGCUACCAGAUGGGCUUCAAUUUUGCCGGACUUCAAGCAGGGUAUGAAUGUUUCUGCGGCGUCUGGCAGCCAGCCGAAGUGAAAUCUAGACCAGACACAGAAUGCAAUGUCAUUUGCGAGGGAGCUCCGGCAGAAGAAUGUGGUGGACACUGGCGCUUGCAAGUUUACAAAACUCCUCUUUUGGGCGAUGAGCCCGAGGAACUCGUAGCCUAUCUAGGCUGCUAUUCUGAUCAAGAAAAUGAUAGAUUGUUAGGAGACUUUAGGGAGGCUUCCCCGACGAUGUCGCCUACCUUUUGCUCCGAUCUAUGCUCCAAAGGCGGCUACCCUUUUGCAGGUCUUCACUACAGCACAGAGUGUUUCUGCGGGCACAACAGACCUCCACUUGCGGUGAAGCGACCUGAUCAGGAGUGUUCCUUGCCGUGCAGUGGUAGCAACAACCAGAAAUGCGGGGAUAAAAAUAAGUUGAGCAUUUACCAAACUCGCGUACCAGGGAUCGGAUCUGUUCCAAAGGGAUUCUACGUCGGCUGCUUCGCUGAAAACCCAUUUCCAGAUUUGCAGCAAAGUUUUAAAGAGCUCACUCCACAGCGCUGCUCCGAGUUUUGUUUUGAGCGUGGGUUUAAGCUUUCUGGUGUCCAAGGGAAAAAUUGUUUUUGUACGAAUUCGAAACUCGAUUUGAAGAAGAAAGUGAAAGACAAGGAAUGUUCAACCUCUUGCGAAGCUGACAGCUCUAAAAAGUGUGGCGCUAAGGGAAGAAUAAGUGUUUAUACAACAGGGCUCACAGAUAGUCCAGCUACUGGUCGUCUCGUUGGUUGUUUCGAGGACGAACCUACUAAGAGCGGUCAACUACAGCGAGCCUUACCAAAUUUUAGAUCAGACAUCCGCGAGACAAACUCGCCUCGAACAUGCUUGAACAUAUGCUAUCAAAUGGGCUUCAGAUUUGCUGGUCUUCAAGACGGAUAUAAAUGUUUUUGCGGAAAAUGGCAGCCGGCCCAGGAAAAACGUAAAUCUGACGCAGAAUGCAACACUCAAUGUUCUGGGGAUCCCAGUGAAAAGUGUGGUGGUAACUGGAGACUGCAAGUUUACAGAACUCCGCUGGCAGAUGAAGGAGCUGUGACACUCGGUCCCAGUACCACUCGAGGAACAACACACCCUUCAACAACGAAGAAGACGCCCUCUCAGCAGCAGAAGGUCACAACAACCCCCUCCCCGACAAGCAACUGUCAGCUAUCGGCGACCAUCGUCAAUGGGAAACGAGCUUGCAAGAAUUCUGUAGUUUUCUACGACGAUUUCCGGAAAUUCGAUGGCACCCGAUGGAGUCACGAAGUCAAAGUUGCUGAUAAACCGGACUACGAAUUCACCGUUUACAAUUCGAAGGCUGAAAAUACAUACAUGAGAAAUGGAGCUCUCCAUAUUCAACCCACAAUUUUUGAUGACAACUUCGUAGAGAGUGGGAGCAUACACCUUGAAAGGUGCACAGGUGAGGUGAUCAAUGAUGAAUGUACAAGGAACACUGAUUACUUCAUUUUGCCUCCUACCCAAUCGGCAAGAAUCAACACAAGACAAAAGUUUUCAUUCAAGUACGGUGUUGUAGAGGUUCAAGCAAGACUUCCCGUUGGUGACUGGAUUGUUGCAGAGAUGGCUUUAAUACCGUCGGAUAAUAGUUAUGGACCGUAUUAUGAAUCGGGGAAAAUUCGGAUCAUAUCACGAGGCAACCUCAACCUGCAGUAUGAUGAUGGGCGAGAAAUGGGCAGUCAAACGGUGGAAGGAUCAGUUAUGCUUGGCUAUGGGACCAGUGUCAAAGCGAAAAAAGCUUACUUUUCGGAAAAAUCUGGUUGGCGGAAUGUGUUUCAUAACUUCACUAUGAUCUGGACCCCAGAUGAUAUAGCGUUCAUGGUUGAUGGUAGAAGGAAACAAAAUAUGAUGGUAAAUGCUCACGGAUCAAGGCUAAGUGACGUGCUAGGAUUUUCAAAUUCUGAAAUCAAACUUUGGAACAUAGGAACUACCAUCGCGCCUUUUGAUCAGUCAUUCUACUUAAGUUUGGGUCUCUACGUCGGUGGAGUACGGGAUUUUGACGAAGGAGCCUCAAGUAACGGUUAUAUCAAGCCAUGGUCGAACACGGACCCCAGGGCAAUGCUGACGUUUUGGAACCGAAGGAAUGAGUGGCAGAGAACUUGGGAAGGAGACUCAGCUUUUGUAAUCAAGUCGAUAAAAGUUACAGCUCUUCUGUCGCAUCAGAGCCGACAUGUUCAUUCUUUUAUAAUUUGUACUAAAUUUAAUUUGACGAGAUGCAGCUUUGGAACGAUUUAUCUCAUUCGAUGGGCUCAUUCCUUUCUCAAGAUCUAUUUUAAUGGGGAAAAUGGAACACCUAUCAAAAGCCCUAAAAAAGAAAACAGAGGUCUCUUAGCCUUAAAGACAGGUUUGGACGCUGAGCGGACCUCAUUGGCCUUGGGGACCGUCGUCAGCUUGCUUGAUCCACUAAACGUAGCGCAUAAACCCGUAUUAAAACCAUCCCCACCAAACAGUCCGCCUCCUUUGGGUAUCGGGAUUGCAACGUAUCAACCCUCUGGUCCCAUCAGUCAAGGAACGUAUCAACCUGUCGGUCCAGCCAAUCAAGCAACAUAUCAGCCAUCUGGUCCAAUCAAUCAAGGAACGUAUCAACCCUCUGGUCCAGCCAAUCAAGCAACAUAUCAGCCAUCUGGUCCAAUCAAUCAGGGAACGUAUCAACCCUCUGGUCCAAUCAAUCAAGGAACUUAUCAACCCUCUGGGCCAAUCAAUCAAGAAACGUAUCAACCCUCUGGCCCAAUCAAUCAAGGAACGUAUCAACCCUCUGCUCCAGCCCAAGGAACGUAUCAACCCUCUGGCUCAGCCAAUCAAGGGACGUAUCAACCUUCCGGUCCAGUUGAUCAAGGGACUUAUCAACCUCCCAGUUCAGUCAAUCAAGGGUAUCAACCUCCAGGUUCAGUCAAUCAAGAAACGUAUCAACCCGUUGCUCCAAUUAAUAACAAUCAAGAAACAGGGAGGCCUUCUGCGCAACUCAAUCAAGAAACGACAGGAGCCGGUUCUCAAACAAACUGUCCUGUGUCGACAACCAUUGUCAAUGGACAUCGGACCUGCAAAAAUUCCGUCGUUUUCUACGACGAUUUCCGGAAAUUUGACACUGAUUUCUGGAGUCACGAAGUCAAAGUCGCUAAUAAACCGGAUUACGAGUUCACUGUCUACGAUUCCAAACCUGAGAAUACCUUCUACAGAAAUGAAGUACUUCACAUUCAGCCCACGAUUUUUGAUGACAGUUUCGUUGAAAAUGGACACAUCCAGCUUGAGAGGUGCACGGGAGAGGUAGUUAACAAUGAGUGCUCAAGAAAUACUGACUAUUUCAUUCUACCCCCCGUACAAUCUGCUCGCAUCAGCACACGGCAAAAGUUCUCUUUCAAGUACGGCAUUUUGGAGGUUCAAGCAAGGCUUCCCAUAGGUGAUUGGAUUGUAUCAGAAAUUGCAUUGUUGCCUGCGGAUCAUACUUACGGAACUUAUUACGACUCUGGAAAAAUUCGAAUGAUGUCCCGUGGGAACCGGCAUCUUAAAUAUGACGACGGGCGAGAAAUGGGCAGUCAGACGGUGGAAGGGUCUGUAAUGCUCGGUUACGGAACGAGAGUAAAGUCAAAACCCGUCUACUUCACGGAUAGGAAUGGCUGGCGAAACGAACUUCACAAUUUCACCAUCAUUUGGACUCCUGAUGAUAUUGCAUUCAUGGUUGAUGGGAGGAAAAAACAGAACGUAAUGGUGAAUGCUCAUGGAUCCAGACUGAGUGAUGUUGUCGGAUUUCCUAGCUCAGAGAUCAAACUUUGGAAUGCAGGAACGUCUAUAGCUCCAUUUGACCAACCAUUUUACGUGAGCCUGGGUCUCUAUGUUGGAGGAGUGCGAGACUUUGAAGAAGGUGCAUCAAGUAACGGCUAUUCCAAACCAUGGUCGAAUACGGAUCCACGGGCAAUGUUGUCAUUCUGGAACAAAAGGAACGAGUGGCAAAGAACAUGGCAAGGAGACUCAGCAUUCGUGAUACAGUCAGUGAAAAUCACCGCACUGUAAUGUCCAUGUUUGCAGUGUGUGUGUCAUCAAUGUGUUCACCCUUUGUCAAUGUUUGCAGUUUUAUUUUAAUGCUUUUCUUUACUAGUCCAUCGACAUUUCUUGAAAAGAGUCCCUUUUGAAGUAGGAAAAAUUGUAAAUACGAAAAUAUUACAACAUAGCUACUAAAAACGUCAGUAUUGGUUAAAGGACUGAUAUUUGUAAGAACUUAAUGAGAGCAUAGACAAAAAAAGCGCAGGUAAAAAAUUCGACUAGAGUAUCCCUGGCCCCCAAGAAAAUUAGGGUCUCCCCAGCUACAAGAGGGGUUCAACGAGCCAAUAUGGCCCCCUUCAAAAGUUUUAUUGUUUUUCUUUCAGUAAAACGACCUUUAUAAAACUCAUACUUAGGCGACCCACAUGCCUUAUUUGGCUGCAUGCAAGCUUUAAAUUCAAAUCCAAAACUUAAAUAAAUUCUUGAAUAGUA